AUGAUGUUGAUCAAAUCACUGUAUCUGUUGUUUCUAUCCUCGGCAAUGGCAGUCCUCGCCGAACCAAUGGGCGUCGUGAUGUUGGGUGGAAGCCCCGCUUCCGGGUAUCGGUCGUUGGAUCAGAUGGUGCGUGCCAUGUUGGUAGAGCUUCAAAACUCGAAGGACGCAGAAGAAUCUGUCGUGGUCGAUUCCUUUCCGUCUCCUACAGAGGGCAAUUUGACCGAGCUCUUGUUGCAAUCGAGACAAGAGAUAUCGGCUCGCUUAACGAGUAGUAGUAGUGGUAACAAACCCAACUAUGUGGUCUUGCAAGAAGACCGCGAGGUUCCUGGCUACACUCCUCCGGACGAUAACAACUCGAGAGAAGAAAUGUGGGAAAUCAGUGUCAACACCUUGCACAGUCUCCAGGGUCUCAUCCAACAAGAAGCUGGUUCGACCACUACCACAGUCUUGUUGCAGACUCCGGCCUACAUGGAUGGUUCUCCCGACAAUUACAACAAGGACAUUUACACGUCGUUUGAAAAGAUGCAGGAUAUGAUCGAGCAUGGAUACAAGCUCUAUUAUCGAGAACUCGAGGAAGAAAAUCCCCGUGCUCAAGUCAAGAUUGCUCCUUGCGGUUGGGCCUUUUUGGGAGUCUACCAAGACUACGAUGCCUCCAAUUUGUUUGACCGUCUCUACGAAGCCGACCGCAAGACACCCUCGGUGCUGGGAAACUACCUCUGUGCGGCCGUGCUCGUCAACACCAUGACGGGACGAGAUGUUCGUCAAAUUACCUACCAGCCACCACACACCGGUGGCGAGGACGUUUGGUCCUUCAUGAAGACCAUUGCCUACCGGACCGUGUCUGACUAUCACAACGGAGGACAACUUCCCAAGUUCACCAAGAGAUACCGUCCUGCGGGAGAGCAAAAGCGAACUCGAUGGGGUGGACUCUUCCAGUUUUUCCUGGCAGCGCUCAUGGGGGGCGGAGUCCUCUACUACUUUGUUGCCUCCAAGUGGUACGGCGCCGCCGAGACGGUACAUGAUAUGAGUACCGAUGCGGGAUACCGACUACUUCCCAGCAGUGGUAUUUUGAUGGAACUCAUGGAACAGCCAGCAGACACGCCGCCGAGCAAUGAACCACAAUGGAUCAAUCCUGUAUAG